UAAAGCGCAGCUCGGGACUACACAGGCUGUUCGCAUUCAUCCAGUCCUCUGUACAUUUUAUUUUUUGUAACGAUAAAACAUGAAGACAGUGAUACAAAUAGUCAAAGCAACCACUGAGGAUUGAUAUUUCCUACAACAGAAACCUGGGGUUUGUUUCUGCGCAGGCUCAUAUUCGACUGAUCAUCUUUUAACCGCGAUCCCACAGUGUGGGAAUGGUAAAUGAUGGAGGAUAAGGGGCCUCGUGUAGCCGACUACUUUGUGGUUGCCGGUUUCACCGACUCAUCCAAGCCUCUGGAGGACGAGCUCCACUUUGAUGAUGCCUAUCCCAAGUCUGUGAAACCAAACGCCCCCAUCACCGACGUAGCUGUGGUGAUCCGCUCCCUGGGUGAAGAGGUGCCCCCGGGUUUCACCUGUGUUGAAAGCACCCCCUCAGGCCUCUCUGCAGAGCUCAAUGCAGCCAGCCUCAGGGGCCCUCAGAUAUUCCUGUGCUUCAAACGAGGCAGAGAUAAGCCCCCACUGACAGAUCUUGGGAUUCUGUAUGAGUGGAAAGAGAAACUGAAACCUGGAUGUCACAUCGUCCAGACCACGCCCUCAGGUCGCCCCGCCAACAUCAGCAGCUCCUCGUCACAACGCAUCUACAUCACCUACCGCCGUGCAGCCAAGAGCCAGCCUCACACCUCACUGGCCGUCACUGAUGUCUGCAUCAUCAUCCCCGGCAAGGGGGAGACGCCCCCCCACACCUUCUGCAAGGUGGACAAGAACCUCAACAGCAGCAUGUGGGGAUCCUCAGUCUACCUUUGUUACAAGAAGUCUCUGGCUAAAGCGAACACAAUCGCAUACAAAGCAGGUCUGCUGUGUAGGUACCCUGAAGAGGACUAUGAGUCCUUCCCACUGCCCGAGUCCGUGCCUAUGUUCUGCCUGCCCAUGGGGGCAAUGGUCGAGUGUUGGCCAGCACACACCAAACACUCCCUGCCUGUUUUUUCCACAUUUGUACUGACGGGUGCCUCUGGAGAAAAGGUGUACGGAGCGGCCAUCCAGUUCUAUGAGCCUUUCUCAGAGGAGGAUCUGUCUGAGCGUCAGCGUUCGCAGCUCGGCAUGGCAAGCUCUGAUCUGGGGUCUGAUGGGAGCCGGAGUGUUUACAGCAACAAGAGCAUCUGUCUGCUCUCCCACUGGCCUUUCUUCCAGUCCUUCAGGAGCUUUCUCACUUUCCUCUACAGAUACUCCAUCUCUGGCCCACAUGCCCUGCCUAUUGAAAAGCACAUCUCUCACUUCAUGCAAAAUGUGCCAUUCCCCUCGAUUCAGAGACCACGCAUCCUAGUGCAGCUGUCUCCACAUGACAGUCUGAUGCUGAGCCAACCUGUGUCCUCUCCACUGCCUCUCAGUGGUGGGAGUCUGUCCACAUUACUGCUGAAUCUGGGCCCGAAGAAUGCAGCCACUCUGCUGGUGCUGGCCGUCACCGAGCACAAGAUCCUGGUUCACUCCCUGCGCCCAGCUGUGCUCACAAGUGUUACAGAGGCCCUCGUGUCUAUGAUCUUCCCCUUCCACUGGCCGUGCCCGUACAUCCCUCUGUGCCCGCUGGCUCUGGCCGGUGUGCUAAGUUGUCCUUGCCCUUUCAUUGUGGGUGUGGACUCUCGAUACUUUGACCUUUAUGUGCCCCCAUCUGACAUCAGCUGCGUGGAUCUGGACACAAACACAAUCUCCCAAAAAGAAGACAAGAAGGCUUUAACGUGGAAAAUCUUGCCCAGGAGAGCCUGUAAACAUCUUCUGAAUACCCUGAAUAAGAUCUAUCAGCAGCUCACUGAGGGUGGUCAGCUGAACCGUGAGGAUGUGCAUAUGGAGCACACAGUGACUGACAGUGAGCUCAACGGGGGGAAGAGCCUCCACACUCUGGAGCUGGAGAUCCAGGAGGCCUUCCUGCGUUUCAUGGCGGCCAUCCUGCGAGGCUACCGCUCCUGCCUGCUGCCCAUCACACAAGCCCCCUCUGAAAAGACCACCGAUGCCAGUUCCCUCUUUGACAUACAAGGUUUUCUCAAGAGCAGAGACCGCUCCCACCAAAGGUUUUACUCCCUCAUGACAAAGACUCAAAUGUUCAGCCGUUUCAUAGAGGAGUGCUCUUUCGUCAGUGAUAAAGACGCCAGCCUGGCCUUCUUUGAUGAGUGUGUUGAUAAGCUAUACACCACUGGAGGCAAGAUGGAUAGUGAGCGACCAGAGGAAACCAGACUGAUGGAGCUAGAUGAAUCCCACCGCAGCGAGCACACGGUGUACGUCAACCCUCCGGAGCUGCCCCCACUACCACAGGGAGAGGAGCAUCCUCUGUGCUAUAGCUACUCUGGAUUCCCUGUGCUGAACGCUGAGCUACUGGAGCCGCUGGACGGACCAAAUCCUCCUUCAGCCGGCAUGACCUCACGUCACAGCAGCCCAGCCAGCCCCACGGCCAUCUUCAGGCGCUCUAAGCAGGAGAUCAAAUCAGCUCAAAGGAUGGCCAAAACCUAUUCCUCAAUGCCUCAGAUGUGGUCCAAGUGUCUGCUGCGCCACUGCUAUGGCCUCUGGUUCAUCUGCCUCCCAGGCUUUGUUGACACCUGUCACUCAAAGGUGCGGGCUCUGCGUACAGCUUACGAUGUGCUGAGGAAAAUGCAGGACAAGAAGUUGCAGGCUCCAGAUGAGGUGUGUUACCGUGUGCUACUGCAGCUGUGUGGGCAGCACAGCCAGCCAGUCCUCGCUGUCAAGGUGUUGUUUGAGAUGAAGAAAGCUGGAGUUCAACCCAAUGCCAUCACCUAUGGGUACUACAACAAGGCGGUGUUGGAGAGCACAUGGCCCUCCAACACCAGAGGAGGAUACUUUCUGUGGGGAAAGCUGAGGAACGUGGUCCUAGGUGUGCUCCAGUUCAAGCGAGUGGGGAAAAAACAACAGACGCCACACAGAGAUCCUCAGCUUUCAGACGGCAGUGAUCUUGACACAGUCAGUCAUGGCAGUUUGGACAGUGCUAAUGACUCUGCUGAGCGCACAUCCAUUGACACGGACUUCACUAAAAUGGACUCCAGUGAUGAUGGAUUUAGUACAGGUGGACAGUCAGACCAAGGCUACGAUUCACUAUCCAAAGAGGAAGAGAGGAUGUGCACCAGAGAUAGUGACAACACACCAUCGGUGGAAGACAAAGGACCGAGGCAGUCCAUACCUGAGAUUGAGGCUGCAGGCAGCAGCAUCUCUCCUUCUACAAGAAACUGCAAGCCAACAGAUAUCAGAGCAGGUCUGCCAAAGAAAGAGAGGCCAAAAUCUCUUGAUUUGUCAGAUGGACAAGGAAGUCUAAGGCUAACCGUCCCUCAACUAGGGUCAACAAAGCAGCAUCACCUAGCUGCUGACAGACUGCACGGUGUAGAAGAAGAAGAGGCAGAGACUGAUAAUCAGAAACCCGGUGUGGAGAGAAGUGUCAGCUGCAGCGGUGCAGCGGAGAGGCCAGGAGGGUCCAUGGAGAGGAGUGUCAGCUGCAGUGCUGGGACAGCGAGCAGAACAGGACUCCAGAAGGGCUUUGAUCCCCUGUCACUGAUGUCCUCUGAUGCCGCAGAGUGCAAUCACGAGAAUGGAGACACGCCCACGGCCCGACGCGACCUCGCCGAGGAGAUUGAGAUGUACAUGAAUAAUGGCAAUAGUCCCCUGAGCAGCCGUACCCCCAGCAUGGACCUGCAGAACCCCUCGAGCCCUUUGUUUCGCUCCGCCUCGUCGCCUCACACCUCGCCUAGACCCUCCAUCUUGCUGCGCUCCAACACGCACAUCCCGCUGCCUGUCAGGUCCAAAGAGAGGCUGAGGACGUCACCCUCUCUUCCCCUGGGUGUUUGUACCAAAGUCAGGGAGAGGCCUUCCUCCUUGGUGUCCCCGUCCUCACCUACUCCCUCCUCCUCCUCCUCGUUCUCCAUGGACUCUCUGUUCACCCCAACUCUUGACAUCUUCAAGAGCAGCGUGUUAUCAGCCGGGAAGGGCGUGGCUGAGAAGGCCAGUCGCUUCUACUCCCGUCUGUCCUCACAGACUUCAUUGACACAGGAUGCAAACAGUGACCGGAUAAGUGUCUGCUCACUGACGUCAGGAGAGGCGGACUGCUCCUCACUGCUUGAUCAUGACUCCUGUCUGGACCCAGACGGCUUCACCUCCCCCCAGCACGGCAGCGUGUCCCGCCUCAGGAGGAGCCCGGUUGUAGGUCAUGCCAACCUGGGCAGCCCCAGCACCCCUGACAGAGUGUUCAGACACAACUCCUUCUCAGGUGGUUUGGCACUUCCUUUUAAAACUCCUCACACUCCAGAUUCCUCCCCCGACACCAGAUGCUUCCAACCCACUCCCAACUACACCAUAGAGGUGCUGAUGUCCAGCUGUUCACUCUGUAAGACGUGUGACUGUCUGGUCUACGACGAGGAGAUAAUGGCCGGAUGGACAGCAAAUGACUCCAACCUGAACAGCACCUGUCCUUUCUGUGGCACAGCUUUCCUGCCUUUCCUCAAUGUAGAAAUCAAAGACCUGAGACCACACAGCAGGUCUUCUAAGGAGAGUAACCCUGUUACAGGGGAAGUCACUUCAGCGACUCUCAAUCCCGAGACCAAAAAGUAUUCUUCAGACGAUGCAGCUCAGUCCUCUAAAGGUCCCGGGCAAGAACAGGGGAGCAGCGAGAGGGCAGGGUUGCCCCCGGUGACGGUGCCCUACCUGAGUCCUCUGGUCCUGUGGAAAGAGCUGGAGAGCCUGCUGGUGAACGAGGGCGACCAGGCCAUCUCCUCCCCGAGUGUUGUGGACCAUCACCCCAUCGUCUUCUGGAACCUGGUGUGGUACUUCAGGAGGCUGGAGCUGCCCAGUAACCUGCCCGCCCUCAUCCUCGCCUCCCAGCACUGUAGCCACGGAGACCAGACUCCUCAGAGCGUUUCAUACGAGGACAGUAAGCAGGUGCUUGUGAGGAUAAUGUGGGACAACCUGAAGUUGCACAAAGACAAAGUCCAACCCUGCUAUGUCCUGUGGAACUCACAUUGUGCAAACUCCCUGGUUCGCUCUGGGAUGUGUGAAGAAGGGCAGCUCUUUACUGUGGAGCUCCUGCAGGGUUUUGUGAGGAGCAUCAAGAAAAGUGAUGUCUAUCAGCCAAUGAGCCAGAUCAUUCAGCUGCUGGGGCCAGAGCUGGGCUUUAAAAGACAGAGGAGCAUGUACCGAGACUUACUGUUCCUCGCUCUGGUGGCUUUGGGAAAGAACAACAUUAAUAUCAAUGCUUUUGACCGGGAGUACAAGUUGGCAUAUGAUCGCCUCACCCCCAACCAGGUAAAACUGACACACAACUGUGACCGGCCCCCGGGAGCAGGAGUCAUGGAGUGCAGGAAGACUUUUGGGGAGCCCAGUCUGUAAACUACUUCUCCUCUUAUGUCCCAUUAUAAUUUUACUUCAACCUUUGGUCACUACUGUUUUAUUUUUGGACUGCUCCUCAGACUCAGGGUCAGCUCACCUGACUUAGCACAAUAGGAAAAUGACACUUAAUGUAAAGCAACUGCCACGAGUUUAUACUGUUAGAACUGAGAGACAUAGAGGGACGGCCUUGUGUUUGUAAAUAUUUUUAAGAAUCCACUGUAUUUUCAUUGUAACUAUGGUGAAAUGUUUGUACAGUUAUUAUACAAUCUAUUUUAUGACUUUGUUUCUGUUAAAGCUGUGACUAUGUAAAAGCAAGUGUAUGUCACAUUGAAAUUCACAAGUGGUCCUGGUGACCUUGUUAAGACUGUUGUUGAGUGUGUGUAUAAUAAGCACUUGCUUUGAGUCAUUUGUGUUUUACAAAGCACUUUGACAAGAUGAGCUCUUGCCAUUCAUUCCCAUUACGUAACGCUGUGUCCCAGCAGCCUAUGCUUAAGUGACUUUUUAUUUGACAGCUGCAGGACUCACUGCACUGUUUAACAUUUCCCUUAUAUGCAGAUAAUGAAGGCAAAGACAUUCCUCCUAAUCUGCACCCUGUACACAUAGCAGGGCCAUGCUCAUAUUCCUGAAUACACUAAACUAGAUGGUAACAAAAAAUAUAAAACAUUAUUAUUUCUGAAUCAAGAAGGGAGUAGGCUAUGUAAUAUUUGUAAAUGCACAAUGUUUGUUCAUUUAUCUUUUUUUGCAAAAUGUACCAAAAUAACCCAAAAAGGGAAUAAUACUUUUAUGAUUAAUUAACAUUUUUUAAGCAAUACUUUUUUUAAUGUAAUGAUGUAUGAGAUAAUGGGACCACCAAGGAUAUAUUUCCUUAAAAUGAGUAAAAUCAAACUUAUAAUAGAUGAAUAAAAACAGAACAUAUGGUUUUCUGUUGGUUUAAUCAACACAAUGUUUUUGAUAAAGAAAAUAAUGUAUUGACACAGUAAUGGAUCUUUAAAAAUGUAUCUGAUUCUUGUAUUUGGUACAUUUCCUUUUGUUCUUCACUGUAUAGAGUAGAUGUCAUUUUUACAUAUUUGGACAAAAGUGCACUGUUUAAUGUGACAUACAGAACAAAAAAGGACAUUUUAAAUCUCUUUGAACAGAUGAUGGCGCACUGAGAAGAUUUAAAGAUGUUAAUGUCAGGACGACAGCUCCGACCUGCCCUACUUCAAAAUCAUUUCGGAAAAAUGUGUGUGAUGGUUCACCGUGUUACAACUGUCUUUCACUUUUAACUGACAAAAACCUGCCUAGAUACCACAGCUUAUUACUGGACAAACCACAACAAUUUAUGAUGAUACGAUGUUGGAUUAAACAUGGCUGUGUGCUUGGAAUAAACACCAAUAUCACAACAUGGACUGUACAUUUCCAUUUUAAUCACCUUACAAUCUGUGACAAAAAACAAACACCGAUGACCAAAACAUUUGAUGUGUACAUGUUGUUUACACUAUUUGUCAACAAUUUUAAUGACAUAUUAUUUAUCAUUUGUAACACAGAUAAUAAUUUGUAUGAUUUUUAUAUAAAAAAAAGAAAUCAAAUUUCUUCCCUGGCUGGAUCUAUAGUUUGCUUUCAUUUAUAAAUAAAACACAUUUAUU